UAUAGCAACGUAUUUUUCAUAUUUUUGAUGCCAUUUUUAAGAAAGCUGGUCAGACAAGAAUUUUGCUUUUGCAUCUCGCUGACUUCUGGAUGCAUCAUAAUUUCAUUCUACACCUUGUUUUUCGGAUUCCUUAACGCAGGCACCACUGUUGAUGAGGUUAUAUACAAGAAGACAUUCAAAACUGAUGUAUAUGCGAAAUGGUUCAAUGUAUUUCAUAUAGCACUGAUGAUCGCAGCUGCAGUUAUCCUGCUGAUCUCUGUUAUGACGAAGAUCUUAAAGAUCGUUUUCAUUUGGAUGGCCAUGUUCAUCAUUCAUAUGAUAUCUUACUACAUCGUCUUCAAUGCGUUGAUAAAUGUGCGCAAUCCGUUCCUUAAAAGUGCAGUGCCUGCAUUUCUUUAUGUCUUGGUGAAUUUAGUGACGUUGGGAAUCGAUCUCUUCUGUUUGCUGAAAGUUUACUCAUAUUAUUAUGUAAAGUCGCAUCCAGAUCAGUUUAGACCAGCAUGUGUUGAUAAGUAAGAGGAUGCCUUCAAAAACGAACUGGAGGACAGCAAAUUUAAUUUCAAGAUGAUAGAACACAAUAACAUUUCAAUGUGUGCUCUUUACCACAUGUUCAUCAGUGAGAGGAAGCCAAAAGUGUGGAUAACGAUUUUGCUGUGCUAAUAUGGCAGACUCAAUUUUCUUUAUAAUUUCAUUAGCAUCUUGAUGAGAACUGAAAACGAUUCCACGCGUGCCUGAGAAACACGACACACACAUCAAGUUGGAAAUUCUAGGGUAAUGCUAAUG